CGGGCGCGAUCCCCCUGUCCACGGGCGCAGCCCCCUUCUUUAAUUCGUUCUCCUCGUGGCUCUUCUCCCUGUCAAGGAGUCGGACAACCUGGUGCAUUUCAGCGGGGCAGCUCUUCUGCCUCCCCUCCCCCCCCCCUCCCUUUCGCCUCAGCAGCCCCAGAGCUGCUGCUCCGGGGGGCGGGGGGGAGUUGAGUCCCUUUUCCUGUUUUUGAUGAGCGCCGAAGCUCCUGUAUUUCCCCGUGGCCCUUUGAAAUCUCCCAGCGUGAGUGAUCAUAGAUCCGGGCCUGGGUGCAUUUUUUUGCUUUCAAGGGAGAGUGAUUAAAAACAGGCCUGUCUUCUUCUGGAUGAAGAUGUAAGUGAGCAUCCAUCCAUGGGAUCCUAGUCGUCCAUGCUCAUAACACACACAUAAUGAGUGAUCACGUAUCAGAAGUAUGGCUACAGACUGGCUUGGAAGCAUUGUGUCCAUUAACUGUGGAGACAGCCUGGGAGUCUAUCAGGGACGAGUGUCGGCUGUGGAUCAGAUCAGCCAGACCAUCUCCCUGACGCGGCCUUUCCAUAAUGGGGUCAAGUGCCUUGUGCCAGAGGUCACCUUCAGGGCAGGUGAUAUUACUGAGCUAAAGAUUCUGCAGAUCCCAGGUCCUGGGGACAGCAAACAGAGUGGGGACCUGCAGCAUACCGAACUGGGCAUCCCUGGCGUUGGGUGCCAAGUGGGUACCAAUCAAAACGGCACUGGCAAAUUGCUAAAGAAGCCUACCUCUUCCAGCAGUGCCCCCCAGGCUAUCCCAAGGAGAACGGACAUGAAAAAUCAGGAAGUUGUCAUCUCCCCACAACAGCAACAGUGCUCUAAGAGCUACAUGGACCGACAUUUGGAAUCCUUGAAUCAGUCCAAAGGUUUCCGUCGUAGACACAACUCCUGGUCAUCCAGCAGCCGCCACCCAAACCAGGUGACUCCAAAGAAGAGUGGCCUGAAGAACGGGCAGAUGAAGAGUAAAGACGAUGAGUGUUUUGGAGAUGACAUUGAGGAAAUCCCAGACACAGAUUUUGAUUUUGAAGGGAAUCUGGCUCUUUUUGAUAAGGCAGCAGUGUUUGAAGAGAUUGACACUUAUGAGAGGAGGAGUGGCACUCGCUCCAGGGGUACCCCCAACGAGAGGCCAGCUCGCUACCGGCAUGACGAGAAUAUCCUGGAAUCAGAGCCCGUCGUCUACAGACGGAUCGUCGUACCCCAAAAUACUAACAAGGAAUUCUGCACUGACUCUGGGCUAGUCGUCCCAAGCGUCUCUUAUGAACUGCACAAAAAGGUGCUUUCAGUAGCUGAGAAACACGGCCUGACUCUGGAGCGCAGACUGGAGAUGACUGGGGUGUGCGCCAGCCAGAUGGCAUUGAGUCUGCUCGGAGGACCCAACAGGUUGAAUCCUAAAAAUGUUCACCAGCGACCCACGGUGGCUCUGCUGUGCGGCCCCCACGUGAAGGGGGCCCAGGGAAUCAGUUGUGGACGGCAUCUUUCCAACCAUGACGUUCAUGUCAUUCUCUUCCUGCCCAACUUUGUCAAGAUGCUGGAAUCCAUCACUAAUGAGCUGAACCUCUUCAGCAAGACCCAAGGCCAGCAGGUGUCCAGUGUCAAAGAUCUCCCAGAUACUCCUGUUGACCUGGUGAUAAACUGCCUGGAUUGUCAUGAAAAUGCUUUCCUGAGAGAUCAGCCUUGGUACAAAGCAGCUGUGGACUGGGCCAACCAGAACCGAGCCCCUGUCCUCAGCAUAGACCCUCCUAUGAGUGAAAUGGAGCAGGGCAUUGAUGCCAAGUGGUCACUGGCCUUGGGCCUGCCCCUGCCACUGGGUGAGAGGGCAGGGCGAGUAUAUCUGUGCGACAUUGGCAUUCCGCAGAAAGUCUUUCAGGAAGUGGGAAUAAACUACCACUCACCCUUUGGCUGCAAAUUCGUCAUUCCAUUGCAUUCAACAUAGAGCAGACCCUGCAGUGUAUCAGCCCUGGAGGGGGAGAUGGGGCGGAGUCCUGCCUAGCAAGCUGUAUAAAGGAUCCUGACAAGUAAACUCUUGACGCCUUAAGGAUGUGAAGUGCUGGAGUUUUCUUCCAGAAGAAAUAUGCGUAUUAAAAACAAAAAAAUUAAGGGAGCAAAUGUUACUGCAAGAUGCUUUCUCUCUCUCCCUCAUGCCAUUGGAUGAAGGAAUGUGGAAGAAGCUGGUAUCUAACACUGGGAAAGGCAGCACCUGCUGCCCAGCACCUAGUCACCAGGCAGAGAAUGGUUAAAGUGGGUGAGAGGGUUUGUUUACAGAUGCAAGUGACUGUCAGACAGCUUGGAGGUUUACAAGAUGAUGCUCUGUUUUUUUUAGUACUUCUGGGGGGGGGGAGGGGGGAGAAUUUGUGCCCAGCAGGGGGCCCCUUUCAGGAGCAGUACCCCUCAAUGAUAAUGUAGAAAUGUCUUUGUUGCAGUUUUACUGUUUUGAUUUUGUUCUUUGUUUUCUUUUAUGUUCAUGAGAGCAAUUAUAGUUAAAUCUCUUCCUGGAGCUGCCAGGCCCUUGUGGAUGGGGCUCCCUAUUUAGAAAGCGGGUGUAAAGCUUUUGUUCCUUGACUGCUUGCUGAGUGAAUGCUGCCCGGAGUGAGGUGUUUACCAUGGUGUCCUUCCACCAGACAGUGCUUUGGGAAAGGCAUUUUCCUAAGGUGGGUUUUAUUUCUCCAGUGAGCUGAGUAACCUCAGUGAUUCGGAGAAGAUGCGAGGGGAACAGGCAGAUGUUACCCUCUUUUCUUUAAUACCUUGUGCUCAGCACAGGUAGUGUUUGGAUAUAUUAUUGUAGAGCCUCAGUAGCCACCCGCAGCACACCCUGCACCUGAAUGCUAUGCUUCACAAGAUAUAUAAUGUUCCAGUCCCUUUGGGAGCAACAGCCACGUCUGGGGGAGGAUUCUCCCUCUGAAAAAGCAUAUGUGCUUUGUUCUAAUGCACUGUUCCACAUGGAUCUCAAUGGAGUCAGUGGAAAUCAUAGGGCACUUGCCUCCCCUGGUUAUGCAAACUGUAAAGAUGAGUCAAAUGCUGUUUGUCUUAGUAUGCAAAGACAGCUGCGUGUGUGCUCUCCUCUCCGUUAGGGGGGUGUUAUGGAAGGCUUAGUUAACUCUUUCCUGGAGGAAUCUUCCUCCAGGCCUGCUUGUCCGCUCCGUGUAGCAUUACUAACUGUAUGGCCUCCUGGGCACAGAUGAUGUUGGUAGGGCUACAGCGAAUGCUAUUGUGCUUGGCAAGCUGAUGUGUUUAGGCUGCCUUCAGAAGCAUUGGCAGUAUUGCUCCUGCAUGCACUAGUGCACUGAAAUCUGGUCCCCUAUGCCCCCGGCAUCACCACUGGUAGUGACCACUGUUAUAUCAUGCGGCUUUCAGAAAGCUUUGAGCUUUCCAGUGACAUCACACUUGAGGGGAAGGUCAGAAAACUCUGACCUGAAUUACUGUAGGUAGUCUCACCCUGUUUAUUUUGCUAGCUGGUUUUAGGCUGCCGAUUUUUUUUCCUAUAUGCUGCAAGGAAAGCAUUUGUCUUCAUGACACUGCCUCGAGUAAGAAGUGAUUUGAUGAAUCUUUGGGUGGCUCUGUAGAUUUAUCAUGCUGGACCUUUUAUUGUCUCUAAAAGUGCCAAACUAUCAGUGGCUAGUGAUGAGAAAUAUUAAACUUGGACCAAAACAGUGCUCUCUGCCUGAGGGGUUCUGAGCUUUCCAAAUUUCCUGUAGAGGCAGAGAAGAGAGAGGUGAGGAAUCCUUGAGUCCUGUCCUAGCAAAACAGAGCUAAGUUCCUCUGCUACUGUUUGCUGGGAGCAUAGGCUGUGCUUAAAGUUCAAAGUUCUGCCUUCAGCAUGGGGCUCUACUGGCCUGGUAGGUCUGUCUGGCACUGACGGACUUCAAAGCUUCUGCUGGUGCCUUUCCCAGGGGAGCAAGAUCUUCUUUUGCUGAAGUGUAGAGCAGCUGUUCUGUGUGAAACAAUUGCAGCUACUGCUUGGGUAUUCAGUAACUGAACUCAUGAAGAAACUGCAUGCAGAGCACCCUAUUCAACCAGCUGGGUUAUGGGGGGAUACAAGUCUGGCACUUGAAUAGUGACAGGAUUUUUAACAUAAAUCAUAGAAGAGCUGAGUGCACCAAGCAAGGUAAAAAAAGAGGGUGGCUGGGAAGAGACUUCCAGUGUCAAAAGGAAAUAAGAUUGUUUACCUGAGCAGUGUUCCAAGUUACUGAAGUAUGAGAAAAUACACCAGCCUAAUCUGCAGAGCACUAUUGAAUGGACCCUGCGGGAGGUGGCAAGCUUUCAUUUCAUCCCACAGGGUUUGGGCAGGGGCCUUGGAGAAUAGCCCUGCUCUUAUUCCAUGGUACAUUUGGUAUCUAGGCAGCUGUAUAAGGUCUUGUUAAAGGACUUCCCAUGCCAAACAGCACAGAACUCAUCUACCUCAUGAGGAUAAAGGGCCUGUGGUUCAGCACAUUUCUCAAUGUGGAGGGUUAGACUACUAAACUGUGUCCACUGGUUUAUGCUUAAUGGCCUUAGUGCUAACACAGAUGCUCAAUGACUAAACUCUUCCCUAACGUAAUGGGGUGUAACAGGCUGUAGUUGUGUGGGUUUCUCUGCAAGGCUAGAGCACCUAUGCCUUAGGUAAAACACUAGUUUCAGCUUAAUGCAACAGCAUUUAAUAAGGGAUAGCACUUGCCUAGCAAGCAGUGCUGGUUAGUGACAGCAUGGUAAGGGGUUAUCCUUUUAAAAUAAACACAACCCAAGGUUUUUCUUUGCCUUUCUCCUGUAGAUCAAAGAGCCUCUGCAGCCAGCUUUAGUUUAAGGUACUGAGGAGGUAGCAACUGCCUAAUCCCUGUACCUGUAACUAACUGCCUUGUUUUCACCUUCUUUUAUAAAAGCAGAGCUAUCACCUGUAAGAAAACAGCCUGCUGUUUGUCUCCUCUCCUAUAUUGCUUCUUAAACUUGUCCAGCUUGAAGGUUGGUUAUUCAACUCUGUCCUUUGUGAGCAGGGUAUAAGUUUUGAAGGGGGUAAGAAGCACUUAAUUUUUUCUUUGAAGUGUGCAUCAGUGGCUGAGGUCCUACCAGCCAUAUUAGAAGGGGUAGCAAGAAUUGCUCAAAGGUUAUUUUUUAAAUAAAGAAUUAAAGUAGUCACUGUUAUUGCUGCCACAGCACUUGAUGCCUCUGGGCAAGCGACAGGAUUUUAAGUAAGGGUGUGGGCAUUGACAGAUUCUAGAUUGACUCAUCUCAAGCACAACUAAGCAGCUUUGGGACAAAUUUUGUGUGUUACUAUGUUAAACUUAAUAAUACAUUCUCCCUUCUAAGUAGCACAAGGGUAAGGGUGCUUGCUUUUCUUCUGACAAGCAGAGUUGUAUUCUUGCCAGAGGAAUGAAAUCACUGGCCUUGUCCUAGACCAGAUGCAUUUUGUUGCACAUCCAUGUGAUCAAGUCUUUAGGAUUCUUGGUCCUUUUAUUGUCAUACAGCUACUGCAGACCUGGAUGCAAUAGACAACAGCAGGAAGGGAUACAGCCUCCCCCUGCCUCAUUUGUCAGAGCUCUUCGUUAAGAUGCAGGCUUUAAGGGAUGUUAACUUUUAGUGUUUGUCAAGAUGUGACCAUUUCCACCAGUGUGUCAGGACUCAGUGGAGUAAAUACUCAGGAGCUGACUUCCCAGGGCCCAGGAAAAGCAGCUGCCUGUAAAUAAGCACUGGAAUGGACUUUGCUUCUCCAGAAAGCAGAAAUGCAACUUUCACUGCUCUGUAGUAACCAGCAGUAGAUUUAAGUUCUGCAUCAUUCCCUCACAGCUUGUCAUAAGAAAACAUGCACCCUCUUUUAGCAGCCAUGGAAAAAGCCCUGGCUUCAGGCACCCAGUUCAAAGACAACUGCACCCUAACUCUGUGUAAUCAAGUCAAUGCUUCAGUCAUAUCAUCAUUACAAACACUGUUGUUCCAGAAUUCAUGCAGCAGCUGGGGUAAUACCAGCCUUGAAAUAAAGUGCAACUAUUCACAUGU